AUGGUGUCGAUGAGUAGAAAGAUGCCUCCGCCUUCAGGUACAACGCAACUGGAACAAGAGCAGCAGAACACCAAAGAAGACCUCCAGGAUGCACAGAUUUGUGAAUUGUGCGAGAUGUCAUGGAAGUGCGCUGAAAGCAGAUUUGCAACAAUCAUAGAACAGCUGCAACGACAAGUAGCUGAGCAACAAGAACAACAGCAACACCAACAAACUGAUGACAACACUGUACAAGCUCCAAUUAAUCUUGCAAAAUUUCAAGACAUUGAAAUUGACAAAGCACAGGGACUGGAGCAAUUGAGCCAGACAAAUGAUGAGGCUUCUAUUGCAGUGGGGAAAUCUUUGCCUACUUCAAAAGAAGUGGUGAUUGAUGAACCACAAACUCAACUACAAGGGCCACAGGGACUGCAUCAAUUGAGCCAGACAAAUGAUGAGAAUUCUCUUCCAGUGAGGAAAUCCGUGCCUACUUCAAAAGAAGUGUUGGUUGAUGAACAACAAACUCAACCACAAGACAGUUACGAGACAACCCAGGAGAAGAACACUCAGGAAGAUUUCACAGUAAGGGUUGAUCUGGAUAAAGAUGUGAAUGAGACUAUAGAAGCAGAAGAAUAUCCAGUACCAUCUGCACUCGAUGAAACAAAGAAUCCCAGUCCUUCCACCGAUGAAAUUAUAAGAAGGGCCAGUGCACCAGCUUCAGAAUCGUUGAGUGAUACAGAAAAACUAGAGAUCAUUGCGGCUAUUGCACAACAAGUUGAGAAAAACCCAGAGGUGGUUGAAGUAGUCCCUUUAAGCAUAAUUCCACCCAAUUGGAAUGUUGCUUCUACCACGGGUGGUCUACUCAUGCUGGACAAAAAUGAGUGUACCACGCCACCGCCUGCAAUCUCAAAGAAAGCUGAAGUACUUGAUGAAGGGUUAACAAAGAGUGGAAAACCACCCCAAACAAUAACGCAGGGUACAAUCAGUCGAUACAUCCAACCGGGCAGUAACAAAGAAGAACUAGAGUUUACAUUCUAUGAGAGGUUGGCUAUUGAACUAGAAGAACAAGGACUUAGUGUAGGAUCCCUGAUAGUUGAAAAAGCUGUAAGCAACAUCUUUCACCUCCUUCACUCUUUCUAUAACUGGCUGUUAAAAAAUUUUCUUAUGAUUUCCCCUUUCAAUGUGAAAAAUCAGAUCUACUUCCCAGUACACUACCGAGAGCAUUACUUCUUGUAUGUGUUGCUGGUUCAAGAAAAGAAAGUGCUUGCAUUCAACAAUCUUCAUGCAAAAGAUCUGGACUACUACAAGCCAACAAAAGAUCUACUUGUGAGUGAAAAAAAGAUACAAAAUGAUUGUCAUACUUUAAGAAUUAUCGAUUGCAUUUUUCUAAUCCUUGGAUUUUAUGUCAUCACAGUUUUGGUUCUUCAAAAUGUACCUGCAAUGCCUGUUUCCACACAUAGAACUGGUCACUGUUCAGUACACAUUGACAGAGGUUACGCUACCAUCACACAACGACAAAAAACCGAAUGCGGAAGAUUGUGGAAUAUUCACAAUGCACCACAUGGAGCAGUAUGA